GACAAUUCCAGCACGAUGUUUUGGUCUUUGGUUCUACUACGUGGCCUGACCCUGGCCCAGGACGCUGCCGAAUAUGCUAACACACAGACCACUGAGAAGAAUGACUGCACCGACAUUUGUGGUCUGUUGAAACAGUUUGGUUCCAUGGAGGAGAAAAUAAGAGUUUUGGAAAACCAACAGAAGGAAAGUUCAAAGCAGAUUGAAGAACUGAAAAACAAAGCAAACACUCAGGUCAGUUUCAGUGCUUUACUGAACUACGUUGGACACAUGGGCCCUUUAAGCACAGACACUACCUUAGUCUACAACAAUGUGAUCCUCAACCUUGGUUCUGGCUACAACCCAUCCACAGGUAUUUUCACUGCACCUGUAGCAGGCGUUUACUACUUCACGUUCUUCUACCACGCUGGAGGAAACAAGCUAUCCACUUUGAAUAUGAUCAAGAACAGUGAGUGUGUGGUGGGAACCCACGACCACUCGUCUUCACACGAUGGAGCAGAUAAUGGAUCCAAUGCUGCGAUUCUGCAACUACAACAAGGUGACAGUGUCUUUGUUCAAUUGGUGGCAAAUACUCACAUCUGGGCAGCUAACAGACUGAGCAGCUUCAGUGGUUUUCUGCUUCAUCAAGUUUAAAAUAAAAAAAAUAAACAUCAAAUUGGUUUAUUAA